CGCUUCCGGUUUCCAGCGUUAACUGCGGCCGGGGCUCAACACUCGGACUAGGUGCUAGUGGCGUCGGCAGGUUCGAGGCGAUUCGAGGUGAGGGGGGUAAAGCGGAGAGGCCCAGAGUCGGGGAAAGCUGUUGCGACCCCGCCACCAAGGGUCUGGGGUCAGUGGCAGCUCCAGCUAGGAUGAUCGAGGUUGUUUGCAACGACCGUCUGGGGAAGAAGGUCCGCGUUAAAUGCAACACGGAUGAUACCAUUGGGGACCUUAAGAAGCUGAUUGCAGCCCAAACUGGCACCCGUUGGAACAAGAUUGUCCUGAAGAAGUGGUACACGAUUUUUAAGGACCACGUGUCUCUGGGGGACUAUGAAAUCCACGAUGGGAUGAACCUGGAGCUUUAUUAUCAAUAGAUGAGAAUUCUCAUCUUCCUGCUGCCCCACCCUCCUCUCCCAUCCUCAUCCCCCACACUGGGAUAGAUGCUUGUUUGUAAAAACUCACCUUAAUAAAGACUUAGAUGUU